UUCUAAAUAAUGGAAUGGAGAAUUAGCAGCUCUAUUCUAUUCCAUCAUAAAAUAUCCAAAGUAUUUUUUUUUACAGUGGAGUGAAGAAGAAGAAUAGAAGUAAACUACUACAGUAGUUAGUUAGAUCGCGGUGUUUAUUGUAAGAUGAGAAGAGUAUAGCAACGAACUAUAAUGGCGUCUUCUUCUUCUUCUUCUCGUUUCGGAUUGUGUUUCUCUCUGUCGGUGUUAUUGCUGCUGCUUGCAACAACUGCUUUUGCCUCGAACGAUGUGAAACGCGAUGACGAUAGAGCUCCCAAGUCCAAAACCUGCAAUAACCCCUUCCAAUUGGUUAAGGUGAAAAACUGGGCAGAUGGUGAGGAAGGUGUUAUUCAAAGCGGCAUGACUGCAAGAUUUGGUUCUUCCUUACCUGAAAAAGCUGAAAAUAGCGUCAGAACUCGUGUUCUUUUUUCUAAUCCUACUGAUUGUUGUUCAUCUUCAACUUCAAAGUUAGUUGACUCUGUUGCUCUAUGUAUUCGUGGGGGUUGUGAUUUUCAACUUAAAGCUACAAUUGCACAAUCUGGAGGUGCUACUGGCGUUUUGAUCAUAAAUAAUGAAGAAGAUCUUGUUGAGAUGGUUUGCACUGAUAGUACUGAGGCAAACAUCACAAUUCCAGUUGUGAUGAUAACAAAAUCAGCAGGAGAAGCUCUCAACACAUCUUUAACAUCUGGAAAGAGAGUGGAUGUUCUGUUAUAUGCACCACCUCGACCACUUGUAGACUUCUCAGUUGCAUUUUUGUGGUUGGUGUCUGUUGGAACAAUUGUGUGUGCUUCACUAUGGUCAGAUCUAACUACUCCGGAGAAGUCUGGUGAACGCUAUAGUGAAUUAUAUCCCAAGGAAUCUCAAAAUGUUGCCGCAGCAAGAGGCGGUUCUGAUAAGCAAGUUCUUAACAUUAAUUCAAAGGCUGCUGUCGUAUUUGUCAUAACAGCAUCUACCUUUCUUGUUCUGUUGUUCUUCUUCAUGUCAUCUUGGUUUAUGUGGUUGCUCAUUGUACUUUUCUGCAUUGCUGGUAUUGAGGGGAUGCACAAUUGUAUUACAAGCCUUACUUUAAGGAAAUGGCAAAAUAUUGGUCAAAAGACCGUGAAUGUACCUCUAUUUGGGGAGAUUUCUAUUUUCUCGCUGGCAGUGUUCUUAUUCUGUCUGGCAUUUGCUGUUUUCUGGGCUGCUACUCGACAUGAAUCUUAUUCGUGGAUUGGCCAAGACACUCUUGGAAUCUGUUUGAUGAUAACAGUCUUGCAGUUGGCUCAAUUACCCAAUAUUAAGGUUGCGACUGUGCUCCUUUCUUGUGCCUUUGCCUACGACAUCUUUUGGGUGUUCAUAUCUCCACUGAUAUUCCACGAAAGUGUCAUGAUUGCAGUUGCUCGAGGUGACAAGGCUGGUGGUGAAGCAAUUCCUAUGCUUUUGAGAUUUCCUCGUCUUUUUGAUACAUGGGGUGGUUAUGACAUGAUUGGCUUUGGAGAUAUCAUCUUUCCUGGUUUGCUUGUUUCCUUUGCUCAUAGAUUUGACAAAGAUAAUAAGAAGGGAGUAUUAAAUGGAUAUUUUCUUUGGUUGGUAAUUGGCUAUGGAAUUGGCCUCGUUUUCACAUAUUUGGGACUAUAUCUGAUGGACGGAAAUGGACAACCUGCACUCCUCUACCUUGUUCCAUGUACACUAGGUGUCUUUAUCAUACUGGGAUGUGUAAGAGGUGAGCUGAAGAGCCUUUGGAAUUAUGGCACAGACCCGUCCUUGUCCACAGAGCCUUCAGAUUCAGAAGUUUAAGUGAUCAUACUAUAGUAUAUUCUUUGACGAUUGAAGAAAUUGAAAUGAUCGCAGCUCAAUGGAGUACAAAAUAAAUGCAGUGAUUAGGACAAACACCAGGUGUACAGGUUCCAUAACUAUCGUUGUGCUCCAUCAUCGUAGUUCUCUUGUAAAAAGAAGGAAAAACAGAAGGAGAACCGAGGCAAUUCAUCGUUUUUCUUCGUUAAAUUAUGUGUCAAUUGCUUGUGCAACUAAAAUUUGAUAACUAUUGAUGCAAGUACCUUACAGUAUAAAAGAGAUACGGUAGGACUUUCGUCUUGUUAAGUUUUUACAAUAUCCUUUAACUUUCUAAACCAAAUGCUUCUUGCUGAUAAAAGCUGUACUUUUUAA